ACACAUGAGCGUCAGGGUCCUCUGCGUGCCAAAGGUUGAGGCGGCCAUAACUCUAAAGCGCUCUUCGUGUACCGCGUUAUAGAGCCCGCCAAUGGAUUUAGCGCGGGAAAAGGGCUCGGCGGCGUUCUAGAGUUCGUAGAGCGCGUGCAGGUCGUGAGAUAGAGCCCUGAAGGUCCGGGGACAGCCCUGUGGAGCGUCCUGCUAGUGCGCGGGUCCCGGCGGCUCUGCCUGGCCAAGGUUGAGGCGGCCAUAACUCCAAGGGACUCUCCGUGUACCGCGUUAUAGAGCUCUCCAAAGGCUUUAGCGCGGGAAAAUGGCUCAACGGCGUUCUAGAGUUCGUAGAGCGCGUGCAGGUUGUGAGAUAGAGCCGUGAAGGUCCGGGGAGAGCCGUGUGGAGCGUCCUGCUAGUGCGCGGGUCCCGGCGGCUCUGCUUGGCCGCUCGUCCCGCCAUUUUGAAACCAAAGCCGUUAUGGCCGACGCUAGAGCCCCUGCCUUGGGAGUUUUGCGGUGAUUCCUGACGCGGCCAUGCGAGUGUUUGCUGUCCCUGUGUGCCAGUUUGUGCCCGAAAGACCCGAGACUGUGUUGGCGUGACCAGUGGUGAUGGAAACGGUCUGAGUGGCGAGAAAACGUCCUGUGUGUGUGAGGCGCCGUCCCUGGACUGACUCGGGGGUUUGUUGGACAUAACAAUGGAGGAGACUAACGGAGGGGGCAUGCAGGUGGACUCUCCCCCUAAGGUGGGAGGUAACGUUGAGCCCCCACCAAGAGAAGAACCCAUCAUAGACCCCAUCAACGGCAUUGUACAGCCCCCCUUCACCCCUCCAUCUCACAGACCUGGACGUGUUACAAAUCAGCUUCAGUACAUCCAGAAACAAGUGAUGAAGACUGUAUGGAAACACCAGUUUGCUUGGCCAUUUCACCAGCCAGUGGAUGCCAUGAAGCUCAAUUUACCUGACUACCACAAAAUAAUUAAGCACCCUAUGGACCUGGGCACUAUUAAGAAACGCCUUGAAAACAAAUACUAUUGGAGUGCCAAAGAGUGUAUACAAGACUUCAACACUAUGUUUACUAAUUGCUAUGUGUAUAAUAAGCCUGGUGAGGAUGUAGUGUUAAUGGCACAGACCCUAGAAAAAAUAUUUUUAACAAAAGUGGCAGCGAUGCCCAAAGACGAAAAUGAGGUGGAGGAUGCCACGAGCAAAGGUGGCAAGGGGCGUAAAGGUCGGACACCAUCAGUGCCAGGAACAAAGCCCCCUAGACCACCCUCAGUUCCCUCUGCCCCGUCUGUGACGACCCCAGCCACGGUGCCGGUGGUCACAGUGCCCCCCGUCAUGAGUGCCGUCACGGUUGGGGGCGUCACCAGCGCCAGUUCGCCAGCCUUGUCCAACUCGCUCUCUUCCCCACCAACGGCCACCACCAUGGGGUCAUCUCAACUGCCAUUACCCAUGAGAGUAAGCACCCCGCCAACCACCACUACUGUGCUGGGUUCCACUGCUCAGCCCACCGUCCCAGCGCCUGCGUCUACAAACUCUUUUCCACCGGUGUCAACUCUAGGAGGGCCGAUUCAAGGUUUUCCACCUCACCCAACCCCAGCCCCCAGUCAUCCGAACCCUUCCACUACUAUUGACGGGUGGAAUCAGAACGACGCUCAGAAGGGGAUUAAGAGGAAAGCAGAUGCAAUGAACCCAAUGAUUGGCAACUCUAAUUUAGAUGCAUUUUCACCUGGGCUAGGAGAAAAGAUGGGGAAGAUAUCUUCUCGGAGAGAGUCAGGCAGACAAAUCAAGAAGGUAAACAAGGAUUUACCAGAUUCUCAGCCACAACACAGCACGAAGCCAAAGGGGAAGGUUUCAGAGUCCUUCAAAAACUGCAACGAAAUUCUCAAAGAACUUUUUUCUAAAAAGCAUUCGGGAUAUGCGUGGCCCUUCUAUAAACCAGUUGAUGCAGAUCUCCUCGGGUUAUCAGAUUAUCACGAGAUCAUCAAACAUCCAAUGGAUUUAGGCACAGUCAAGACAAAAAUGGACAAUAGAGAGUACAAGAAUGGUGCAGAAUUUGCUAAUGAUGUUAGAACUAUAUUCACAAAUUGUUACAAAUACAACCCUCCUGACCAUGACGUGGUAGCCAUGGCAAGAAAGCUACAAGAUGUUUUUGAAAUGAGGUAUGCCAAAGUACCAGAAGAUGAGCCAUUUGAAAUUCACCCAGCCACAGACUCUGAGGAGUCUGACAGUGAAAGUGAAAGUGAAACAGACGACUCAGAAGACGAGAGAGAAAGAAAACUUGUUCAACUCCAAGAGCAACUAAGACAAGUUCAGGAGCAAAUGAAAUUAUUAGUAGAGGAGUCUUUGAGAAGAGGGAAAGAAAAGAAGAAAAAAACUAAGAAGAAAAGUAAAGACCGAGAGAAAAUGCUAUCAGACCUCCCAAACUUGCCCAUGUCUACGGCGCCUCUAGUUAACCAGAACACACCUGCGGCGGCCGUGGUGGCGGCCUCUGUGGCGCCAUCUAGUGUACCAGCACCCGGCCCAGUUCCUGCUAAACCUAAGAAAAAUAAAACUAGUAAUAAUAAACAAAAGAGACAACGGUCUAAUGCGAGCAAAUCAAAGAAGAAAGCAGCUGGUGGUCCCUUGGGCAUGGUGUUUGACUCAGAGGAUGAAGACAAUGCUAAGCCCAUGUCCUAUGAUGAGAAGAGGCAACUUAGUUUAGAUAUAAACAAACUCCCUGGUGACAAGCUGGGAAGAGUGGUGCAUAUCAUCCAGACCAGAGAACCAUCAUUAAGGGAUUCUAAUCCUGAUGAAAUAGAAAUAGACUUUGAGACCUUGAAGCCUUCAACCCUAAGAGAACUGGAAGCAUACGUUGCCUCUUGCCUCAGGAAAAAACCUAAGAAAAUGAUAACCCGACCUGAAAAGAAAAAUGUCCUUUCUAAAACUAAAGAAGAAUCUAUGGCUGAAAAGAAGCAGGAGCUUGAAAAGCGAUUGCAAGAUGUAACUGGUCAACUAGGUAAUCCAGCAACAGCAAGAAAGACGCCCAAGAAAGAGGAAAACAAGAGUGUAGAUGUGGUUGGGGGAGGCACGUCACGAUUAACAGAAUCCAGCUCCUCCUCUUCAGAUAGUGAUUCAUCAUCAUCAUCAUCUUCAUCAUCAUCUUCAGAUUCCUCAGACUCAGAAGCAGGGAAUCGCAAGUCUAAGAGAGCAAAGCUUGAUAUUUCUCAGAAACAGUCUCAGCAAAAGCUGCAGCAAGACCAACACCAACAGCCUCACCAGGGGGGAGGAAAAGGAGAGGGUCGCAAGCUCUCCAACUCUAACUCAUCUUCCAACCACAACACCCCGAUGGUUCACGCAACUAUAAGCAAAGGGGACUCCAAAGGGGACUCCUCAACAGGCCGUGUACAAAGCUUAAAGGUCACUCUCGGACUCUCCGGCAAUAAAAAUUCUUCUUCAGUAUCUGAAGUAAAAAAUGAAGAACCAGUCAAGUCUGAAUUAAAAAGCAUUCUGACAAGCAACAGUACCCCAAAACCUACACCUCAGCAGUCCAGCAAAUCCCAGCCCCAACAAGAACAACAACAACAACAACAACAGCAGCAGCAGCAGCAGCAGCAGCAGCAGCAGCAACAACAGCAGCAGCAACAACAGCAACAGCAGCAGCAGCAGCAACAACAGCAGCAGCAGCAGGCUGAACAGUUGAAGCAGCAAGAACAACAAAAACAAGAACAAAAACUUCAAGAACUGCAAAAACAGGAACAGCAAAAGCAACAAGAGCAAAAGGAACAGUUGCAAGAAAAACAAAAAUAUCAACAAAAGCAGCUUCAGAAACAACAGUUAGAGCAACAGAAACAGUUGGAACAACAGAAAAUGUUAGAACAGCAAAAGCAACAGUUGGAACAGCAGAAGCAGCAACUAAAACAACAACAGCAAAAGUUGCAGCAGCAACAGCAGCAACAAGAAGAGCAACUUCAACGACAACACCAGCAACAGCAGCAGCAGCAACAGCAGCAGCAGCAGCAACAGCAACAGCAACAACAACAACAACAUCAUCAACAGCAUCAGCAGGCACAGCAGCAUCACCCACACCACCAUCAGGAACAGCAGCAGCCUCAUCAGCUUCCUCCACACUCUCUGCCACCAACCUUAGAACAGCAACACUUGCACCAUCAACAGCAGCUGCAGCUUCAGCAUCUGCAGCAGCAACACCAUCACCACCAACAGCAGCAGCAGCAGCACUCACUCACUGGAGGGCCAGUGGGCCACAAUGUCACUGGACUUCCUCACCCUUCAGUGUCCAAUGGGUUCACGGGAGACAUGCCGCUGGGUAUGGCGGCACAGUCGCUGGUACACAGUUUGGGAAUAAGUGCAAUCACUAGCCUAGGUGGUCUGACCUCUCUGGGACCCACCGGGCUUGAAGGGCUGAGUAGUGCCGUGUCCAGUGGCAUGAUACCCAGCCUGGUGGAUGUGGUGUCAUCCAGCAGUGCUGCCAUGCCCACCGUAUCUUCCUCUAAUGCAGUCCCGUCUCACAACCCCAUGAUGCACAGUGGUAUAGAGGCCCACCAGGAUCUGCCGUCACACCUACCAGAAACAAGCCUGGCUGAUCUAAAGGCCGCAGGGCUAGACACAAGUCUGGGCUACUACCCGUCAGUGUCUCAAACUCAGGACCAGUCAAUGAUGCGUAAACAGCCAGACAUGGACAUGCACCCAGAUGUCUCCGCAUUGCACCGGCAGCAUGCAGCGGAUCCCUCGGCACUCGUCAAUUACCUCACGGCCCAGGAAAAGAAGCAGUCAUCCUCAGCACCAGACACUCCCAAGUCAUCAUCAAGUAAUUCAUUCAAUAAGCCGAAGCCAACCCCAAAAAAUCUGAGUUCCUGGUCGUCGCUGGCCCAGAGCGCCGUCCCCUCGCCAACGGCAUCAACCUCCCUCAAGACCUCAGCCAGUGAUUCUUUUGCUCAGUUCAAGAGAGUGGCAAAAGAAAAAGAAGCACGGCAACGCCAGAUCAUUGAGCAACAAGAACAGAGGAGACAGCAGAAAGAGCAAGUCGAGAAAGAGCGGGCCAGAGCGGAGGCUGAGAGGGAGCGAGCCCGUGUGGAGGAGGAAGCGCUGGAGCGGGCCAUGGAGCAGGCCAAGGAGGCGCGAGCAACUCAGGAAAUGCAAAGAAGAGAAUCACUCACUGUCAGGGAGCGACCACCUUCAGGCCCCAAGGUUGCCACGCCCAUGACAGCCUCAACGUCACCACACCCUCAGCUGGCCACCCCCGCCGGCCCUCCGAGCUCCCAUCCCCCGGCCACACCAACUCCCUCACAUGACAGUGCAAAACUCAGCGAUCGAGACAGACAAAAACUUAGAGAACAGGAACGGAGACGAAGAGAAGCCAUGGCCGGUCAAAUUGACAUGAAUCGCCAGAGUGACUUGAUGGCAGCAUUUGAGGAACAGUGUGGGAAGUAAUGUAGAUAUCAUACCAAAAAUAUUGUUUUAUUCAUGUCAGCUUUGUUCCUUGUAUACAACCCAACUCAGACAUCACCUAAGUCUCAUUAUUUGAUAUAUUUUGUACAUAUAGGUAUAACUGUGUUUAUAUUUAUUAUGGUUAUGUGAGAGUUCUCGUUGUUGCUGUAAAUUUAUGUAUGAAACAAACAGAUGUAAAUGUUACAUUUUGGCUGUGAAAUCGUCCCUUGCCAGUGCAUGUUGUCGGCAAGUUGUACAACCAUCAGCUCCACUGCUGGUUGGUGUUAGAUUCACUUAGCCAGCCCUGGGUAGAGGAAUAUAUUUCCUACUAUGGAUGACAACCUUGUGACUCUUUGCCUUGGUUAUAAAGAAACAAGUUGACAAGAUGAGGAAGUGAAUGGACUGCAUCUUCUGGUCCAGCAAUGUGUUUCAGUGUCUGUCAGGAUCGCCACGUUUCCUGAGGCACAGCGGACCACUUUUGGAAGCACAAGUCAAAGCUUAUCAAGAACAGUGUACAACAACAUGGCAGAAUAUUAUGUUUGUCCAUACUUGAAGAUAACUUUAUUUAUAUGAUUCAUCCAAUUCCACUGUUAAAGCAUAUGGUAAAAUGUAAAUGGUAAUAUUCCAAGUGAGUAGACUGGUCAGAGUACUACUUGAGUGUGUGUUUGCUCUUUUGUUGUAACAUUCAGAAGGAUGAUUGUUUUGUUUAACAUAAAAUUAUCAAGUGCAUUUAUAGUGGAAUAAAUGGAUCCUCCUAUUAUACAGUGCAUUGCUGUAUUGGUGCUUUGUUAAAGAUAGAGGACAAUACAAAUACUCUGCAUGUAAAGGCUGUUUCAUUAUUAGACUUCUAACAGAUUCUCAACAAGCGGCUGUUGUAUUCAGCCGUGGAUAUUUUAUGGUGUUUAUGUCGCCAUACAUUAACUUUCCAUAUUGACCAACGAUUUUCAUCUAAGAAAAUGUUAAUCAAUAUUAGACUUAGGAUUUUUUAAUAAAAUGUGUUAAAAGUAUAUGGCUUAAAAGCCAGUAGACCAUCAUUUUGGGUUUGUUAUAUAACCUUGGGUAUGGUACCUAACUUUGAUUUACGUUUUGGACAGGACGCAUUCUCUUAAGUGCUUGAAGAAAGCUUGUAAACUUUGGGAAUCAGCUUAGGAGUAUAAUGGCACAUAGUAAACAGUCAGCAUUAAUGGUGGUUUACUAGUAACACUUUUUUUUUCUUUUUUAUGGCCUCAAAUACUCGUACUCACAUUGAAUGUGUGGAGUUUUAUUUAACAUAAAACCGUACUGUGAAUUAUUUUUCUUCUGUUUUUUAAGGAGAAUAACCAUAUCCCAACGUGCAAGAGGUUGUGCUAUGUCGGUGCUCCAGGGCUGCUGACGUGUGUAUAUAGCUGUAUAGUUAAUGGUUAUAUUAUUUAAAAGCAGAUGGUGAGAGCCAUGAUUUACCUGGCAUAUAGUAGUCAUGACAUGUGCAUCAGAAGACAAACUUGCUUAUAGCAUUCCAUAUAACUAAAUCAUAGAUGUGUCAUAAAUUUCAUACAUUUGAUCAAAAAUCUAAAAAUGUUGUGGAGGAGAGAUUAAAGGUUAUGAAAAGC